AUGCUUUUCCAGUUGGAGGCUCGCGAGGGGCGCAAAACCCACUGUGGAGUCCAGGAAUUUGUGGCGGAGGAGGGGCAUGUCAAUGUGCCAUACUGGCUCAUGCAGAACCUCAUGGUGCAGGAAGGGGGCAUGAUCACUAUCAGGAAUGCCAACUUGCCAAAAGGCACUUUUGUCAAGUUUCAGCCUCAGACUUCGGACUUUCUGAAAAUCUCUAAUCCGAAGGCUGUGCUAGAGGCCACGCUACGCGGCUUUACCUGCCUCACGAAGGGGGACACUAUCGCCAUCAGCUAUAACGACAAAACGUACCAUCUCGAUGUGCUCGAGGUAGCGCCGGGUGAGGCGAUAUCAAUUAUUGAGACGGAUGUGAACGUCGAGUUUGCGGCACCGGCGGAUUACGUGGAACCCGAGAAGCCAGCGCCGAAGCCUGCGGCCGUUGCGUCGAGCGCGAGGAAAGCCGAUAUUGGGGCCUCUGGUGCUGAUCCGUCGGCGAGACUUAACGAGCGACUGGAAAAACUGAAGCAGCGCGCCCCAAUUGACGACGACUCGAGUGAUGACGAUAAACCGCCGCCAAAGGAAAUGUUCCCAGGUUCCGGCCAAACUCUGAAGGCGAGGUCAGGGCGGAGUGGACUUACUUUUGGAGGGGCUUCAUCGGCAACACGGGAAAAUGGAGCUGAAGAAAAGAGCGAUGAGGUGGAGACGGAGGAAAAGAAACCAUUUGUUGCUUUCGGGGGAGCCGGGAGGUCGCUUCGAUAGAGUGACUCGAUGGUAUGUUGUAGCAACAGUGUAUAGUAAGUUUUCAAACAAUAUAGGGUUGUUGUUGACGUGCGUGGCCAUGGAGAACCAACCCUCCCU